AUGAUACGUGAAUAUGAUGAUUAUGGUCCAAUUCCAGAAACAAAAUCUCUUGUUGAUACAUUUGUUACAAUUGACUUACACAGGAAGCACCAAGUUUUAGAAAAUCAAAAACAUUCAAUAUUAAUUGAAAAUCAUCGAAAUUCAGCUGGAUUUGAUAGUGUUCUUAAGAGGUGCAAAGACCUUGGAGAAAAAUACCAAAUUCAUCCAGACUUAGUUCUCAUACUUCUCGAUCAAUGUAAAUGGGAUGAUAACAUUUUUGAGGAAUUAUGGGUUCAAAAUGCUCAAACACUACUUGCAAAGAUAGGUAUACCUUACAGUCAAAAGAAUUUAGACCCUGGCCUCAGAAAUGUCGCUGAAGAUGGAAUAUGUGAAAAUUGCUGUGAAGAAAAGCAUAAAGAAGACCUAUGGUGUCUUCCAUGUGGCCAUUACCUAUGCACUGAUUGCUGGAAAGCCGUCAUAAAUUAUUCAGCAGAACAAGGUAUUUGCUUUAUCAAAUGCCAAUCAUACAAAUGCAACUGUAUCUUGCCGAUAACAUCUAUUGAGAAGUUCAGCUCCAAGAAAGUAUACGACAAUCUUGUAAAUUACUUAACUGAUUUACAAAUUUCUAUUUCAUCGGAUCUUCGUCAAUGCCCUAAUCCAAGAUGCGCCAAACCAUUGAGCGUAGUUGGCUGCGGUGCCAGAUACUGCAAUAUCAUGAAAUGCUCUUAUUGUAACACUGAAUUUUGCAUUAAGUGCUUCGGUCUAUGCCACGCGCCAGCCACAUGUUCACAAGUUGAGCUCUGGGACCUUGUAACAAACGAAGAUCUCAUGGAACGUCGUCUUCUCAAUUCUGAAAGAAAAAGAUGUCCAAGAUGCCACUACAUCAUUGAAAAGAACGAUGGCUGCAACCACAUGACAUGCCUCAAGUGCAGGUAUGAGUUUUGCUGGAUUUGCUUGAGAAAUUGGGAAAAUCAUCAGAAAAAUUAUUAUCAAUGCAACGAAGAACCAACAGCUGAAGCACAACAGUAUCUUACACCUGCCGAUGAUAUUAAUCCCAAGUUUUUGGAAGAAUACAACGACGUAUUCUUGAAAUCUCGUCUACAAGCCGAUUCUUACUCCAAACGACAGGAUGAGCUCAUAGAGAUGAUCAAGGAUAGAAUUGCAAGAGAAUCAGGAACAGAUCCUGAACAAAUAACCCAAACACUCAGAAAUAUUAUUGAUCAGCUCAUUUGGGCUUACAGAAACGUUCAGUGGUCAGCGGUUGUUUUGUUCUUUGAUCGUUUCGACCAAUUAAAGAAAUUAAAUGUUGCUUUGGCCGAUCAAGUCAAUAAUCCCAAGAAAUAUUCAAUCCACUACAACCUUAUCCACUACGCCCAACUUAACUUGAUGAAUGAUAUCAGCCAAGUUGAUAAAAUCGUUGAAAACGCCAAAUCUUCAACAAUUCCCAACUUAAAGUUGAGAGAUUUCUCGAAAUUGUAUAUCAGACUGAAACUAUCAAGAGAUGUUCUGCUCAAACAAUGCGAUCCAUUAUAUCAAAGCUUCAAAUAA